CGUGCCAUCACAACACACUGGCAAACUGGCACAGACAGGUACUGUUUCACUAUUCACUAUGGCCGCAGAUCACCAGAACCCUGCAUCCAAGCAGCAGCAGCCAGGCACCAGUGCAUUUAAGCUGGUUAUCUAUGAACAGGAAAACUUCCAGGGACGCUGCCAUGAGCUGACUGGUCCCUGCAACAACGUCCAGGAAGCAGGCGUGGAGAAAGUGGGCUCCAUACUGGUGCUGUGUGGACCAUGGGUGGGAUACGAGCAGGCCAACUGUAAGGGGGAGCAGUAUGUGUAUGAGAAGGGGGAGUAUCCUCGCUGGGAUUCCUGGACCAACAGCAGGCGCAGCGACACCAUUCUUGCUUUCCGCCCGAUUAAAGUGGACAGCCAGGAGCACAAGAUUGUCCUUUACGAGAACCCCAGCUUUGCAGGGAAGAAGAUAGAAAUCAUAGAUGAUGAUGUCCCCAGCUUUCACGCACACGGCUACCAGGAGAAGGUCUCCUCUGUCCGGGUGCAGAGUGGCACUUGGGUGGGAUAUCAGUAUCCAGGCUACAGAGGCUAUCAGUACCUGUUUGAGAAGGGGGAGUAUAAGGACAGCUCUGAGUUCGGAGCCCAGACCCCUCAGAUCCAGUCUGUCCGCCGCGUCAGAGACAUGCAGUGGCAUCAGAGGGGUGCUUUCAAACCCGUCAACUAA